AUGUCAUACCUCGGAAUUCUCCCCUACGUCGACAGCCACCGCCAUGUCCUCCAGCAGGCCGAUGAGCUGCCUUCAGGUUCCCGCAUGCCGCUUCGCGAAGUGAUCGCAUUGGCGAAUUCGUCGCCGCGGAAGAAGGUCUUUUCCUGGCCCGACAAGCGGCGAUACGAACUCGCCUACCUCCUCGCCUUCUGUCUUCUCCACUGUUCGGACUGCUGGUUCAAGCCCGGCUGGCGAAGCGGGGACAUCAACUUCCUCAUCCCAACGAACCAACAGAUCGGCGACGAAACCAUGAAAUUCCCCUAUGUCGCCUCGCCACGACUGAGCCCUCCCACCCAACCGGGCACCGAACUAGUCAAAAACGAACACUUCUCCUCGCUCGCCAUCGCCCUGAUCGAGAUAGGCUACGGCGACAGCUUGCACAAUCUGUGCACGAAACUCGGGCAGGCCUCGCAGCCAGACGUGUAUCUCAAGGAGUUCCUCGGUGCGAAGCGGCUGGCCAACGAGAUCAAGUGGGAGAUGGGCACGCGAUAUGCGCGCGUUGUGCUGCGAUGUCUGGAACGCAAUUUUGGUCUCGACGAUGAUGACCUCGAGAAUAGGGAAAUGCAGGAGGACUUUUACAGGCAACAAUUGUACCGGUAG